GCUGAAUCGCGUCGCGUUUUCAUUCUACAGUUUUUUGUCCCUUUCGUUUUCAAACGAACAAGACACACCAGCUAAUUGAUUAAAAGGCCAUUUACGUUAUAGAUCUAAGGAAAGAGAGAGAGCGACGUAUAAAUUGUCUACAGGUGAAGUUGAUUUUAACGACGCGACGAGCAAUUUGAUUCCUGUUCGACCGAUCGAAGAAGGUACAAGCCAUGGUGAUCCAGACUUGGUGUUGAUCCAGUUAAGAGCCAUUGUGAGUGAAUCGAAUGGACAAGAAGAAGAACCGUGGGGAUCCACUCGCUGCUGGGCGACAGAAGCUUCAACAAUUUCGUCAAAAGAAAGCUGACAAAAAGGACCCCAAGGGCAGUACAAGCCAAGGAAAAUCCUCCAAAAAAUCUGGUAAAUCUGACAAACAUGAGCCUAAACCUGACACAAGUGCUGUUCGUGAAGAGGUAGAAGCUCCGCCUAAUGUGGCUGCAGGAGGAGGAGCUACAUCUCGUCUGAAUAUUGGUGAGGAGGUUGCUGAUCCUCCACAAACUUCUGUAAACGCAGCAGCACACGACGAUGGUUCAGUCGAUGCUUCAUCAUCACAACUUGAUACGCUUCAGCCAGGAAACACCACAGUAACUUCUGAUAGUGGAGCUGAACUGAGAAAAGUAGUAGUGACUUCUGAAAGUGAUAUCAGCAUACCAUUAUCCACGGAAGAAGAGAAUGUGAAGAGUAUCGACAUUGGAGCGGCUGGCACGGUAGAUUCUUUGGCAUCUGACCUUGCAGAUACUGAGAAGGGAGCUACACAUGAUGAUGCAUCUAUUAGUGUUGACGGAAUCGUUGCUGCUCCUGAAAAUCUAGCGGAGGGGCAAGGAGUUGAAGUUGAAAGUGGGCCUGGGAAUGUUGAAAUGCAGCACUCGCGGUCCUCGUUGCCUGAAUCUAUUCCUGAUGAUGCUUCCUUGAUUUGUGCAAGGGGAGAUCAGGUAAAAGUUGUAGGGAAUAUGCAGGAAGACGAUGGUUCACACAAGGAACAGUUUCCUGAAUUAUCUGCAACUCCAGAUAUUGAUUCGAUUGCAAAUGAAGAAAGGCAAAAAAGCUUUCCAGCCAUUGUGGAUUCUUCUGUUCCCCCUUCUCACUUUUCAGAGGGAUCCUCAGUUGCAUUUGAUUCAGCUGAACUAGAAGGAAAAACUAGUGAAUUUAGAAGCCAGCAUAUUGGGGAAGCUGCAAAGCUUAAUGAAGAGAAACCAGAGGCAUCUAUUGGUUUUCGUGAUAACAGAGAUCACGUUCUGUUGACUGAACGUAAGGAAAGCUCUAUUGCAGACGUGUCUAGUCAGCUGCAAAUGCCCGAGAGCGUCAGUAUAUCUGGAGUAUUGAGCCAUGAGGAACCUUGUAAAAAGGACACAUUAAAUCCUUCUGGAGAAGUUUCUGCUGCUCUUGUUGAUGAAGGCCGCUCAGUUAGCUUCUUACAGCUUAUGGAUAUGGUACGUGGACUUGGACAAGAUGAAUUUCAAGCGUUGUGCAACGCAAGAGAGGCUGCUUCCAGUACUGGGCCAGGAACCACAUCGUUGGAGAGAUUAAGAGAAGAGCUAUUUAUUUCGAGUACCAUGGAAGAUAUACUCCAUGUGCAAGUCACUGAACAGUCUCAUCUACAAAACGAGUUUGUUCAUCAACAUAACCAAUUAGAAGCUGAACUAUCACAGCUUCGUGCAUCAUAUAAUGCGGUGAAAGAGAGAAAUGACUCUCUUGAAGAGGAACUUUCAGAGUGCCAGUCUAACCUCCACGCUGCUACAAGCUCAAAUGAGAAACUCAAGGAUCAGCUUCUUGCUACAGAAGCCCAAGUGGAGAAUUUCACUUCUAAGAUCAAUGAGUUGCAGCUUAGCUUAGAAAAGUCCCUAUUGGAUCUAUCCGAGGCGAAUGAGAAGUUUAUCAAUCUUCACGUGGAGAAUGAUACAUUGGUUGCAAUCAUUUCUUCUUGGAAUGAUGAGAAAAAGGAACUUCAUGAAGAAAAAAAAUCCAAGAACUAUGAGAUUAAACAUCUUUCAUCUGAGUUAUGCAAUUGCAAAAACUCAGCGGCUAUACUAAAGGCAGAAGUUGAGCGAUUGGAAAAAACAGUUGGUCCACUGACAGAUGAGAAGAUAAAUCUUGUCGAGGAAAAAUAUAACUUAUUGGGUGAGGCAGAGAAGCUAAAGGAAGAAUUGGCAAAUUGUAAGACUUUGGUCACCUUGCAAGAAGUGGAAAAUUCAAACAUAAGGGAGACGCUUUCGUUGCUGGAAGGCCAGAAGACCAAGCUUAAAGAACAUAACCUGCAUCUCACAGAAGAAAAUGAGAAAGCACAUAUAGAACUGAGUGCAUUUCUGAUCUCGGAGACUUAUUUGUUGUCAGAGUAUUCCAACCUAAAGGAAGGGUAUUCUUUGCUGAAUAAUAAACUCUUGAAGUUUCAAGAGGAGAAGGAACAUUUGGUUGAGGACAAUGAUAAACUUACGCAUGAGCUCUUUAUUCUUCAAGAGCGUAUGUCUCCUGUACAAGAAGAGCGGAUUCGUCUAGCAGCUGAGUUAGGAGAAGCAAUGGCACGCCUGGAUAAAUUGACCGAAGAAAGUACAUCUCUGAGUAGCAGCAUCCAGGUUGAAAAAGCUGGAAUUGUAGACAUUAGUAAUGAGGAUGCUUCAGAAUUGAUCAAUCAGGAAAUACCUGAAACAUCUGGUAGAAGGCUAGAAGUCGGGGUUACAAGUAAACAGAGUGUACCUUUUGUUGAACAUACCUGCCAAAGUCCCGGGACACAGCAAACAACUUUGGAGGAGGUAACGGACGCUUCUUCUGGGUUUUUUUCCUUGAACGAGAAUCUGGAGAAAGGUGAGAAAAUGAUUCAGAGCCUUGAAGAGGCAAUUAAGCAGAUCCUCAGCGAUUCUUCAUUGAGAAAGUCUAGCAAAAAAGCUGACACGCCAGCAGUAUCAAAAUUGAUUCAUGCUUUUGAGUCAAAGGGGCAACAGGAAGAACAUGAAUCUGAAAAGGGACAGUUAACUGGUGAUCAGUCGGAUGUAUUUGUUUCUGUGAAUGUGCAGAUUAGCAAUUUGAGAGGCUUGCUUGAACAGUUAGUGUUGAAUGCUGGGAAGGCGGGUAUACAAUUCAAUGAAUUAAAGGAUGACAGGACAGCAACAAAUCAACGACUCGAAGAGCUUAAUGUCGAGUUUGCAUCUCACCAGAAUCACAUCAAUCUUCUUGAGGCAGAUGCUAUUGAGAAUAAGAUUUCGCUUGAAGUUCUGAAAAACUGUUCUUGUGAGAUGCAACACAAAAACCACGAACUAGAACUUCUCUGUGAAUCAUUAAAGCUGAGAAAUGAUAGUAUCGGUCUAAAAAACACGGAGCUCAACAAGAAGCUGAGUUCUUGCUUAUCGAGAAUUUAUGAGCUUGAAAAUCAGCUGGAAAGCUUACAGAAUAACUUAAACAGCAUGUUGUCGUCAAUGGAGGAACAGUUAGUGGGCUUGCAGGAUGAAUCUCUGAAGGCAAUGAUGCUAGAACAGGAAUUGACAUCGUCAAUAUCUCAAUUUAGUGUGGAAGUUGUUAGACUUGAUGAUUGCUUACUCAGAUAUGGAACUGCUGGAGCCAUUAGCAUAGAUAAUCAUAUGUCAAAUUCUGUUGACAUGGCUGUGAAGGUGAUUGACGACCUGGAGGAAAAACUAGAAGUUGCUAACGCAAAGCAUGAGUCCUCCUCAAACAAAUAUGAGGAAUUGAAGCACAGUUUCAACACUCUGCUUGAGAAGAAUGGAAAGGUCUAUGCUGACCUGACAAAACUGAUUACUGAAUCAUGCGGGUCUGUGGAGAUGGCCAAAUUUAAAGGUGAAAAUCCAGUUGUCUCUGAUCCUUCUAACGAUGGUAAUUGUGAGAAUCUGAUGGAGGCUGUGCGAAAUAUUCUUUCUGAGAGGCUUGAACUUCAGUCUAUGAUUGAUCAGCUACAGUCGGACUUGUUGAGUAAAACAAACGAUAUGGAGGAACUGACGCAGCGAAGCCUUGAUCCCACUUCACUUCGAGACUUAGUUGAGAAAGUUGAGGGUGUUCUGGAACUUGAAAGUGGCGAAAUUAGUUUUGAAUCCCCUGCUUUAUAUGUCGAGUUUCUGAUUUCCCAACUUGUUCAGAAGUUUAUAGAGGCUGAGGACUUGGCUAAUCUCAUCAGAAAUCAGUUAGAGGCCAAGGAGAAUGAGCUGAUGGAGAUCCAGGAGAGUUUACUGCACCACAAAACUGAAAUGGAUGGUCUCAGGGAAAAUAUAAGCCAAGCAGAGGAAUCUCUUGUGGCCUUACGAUCUGAGUUACAAGAGAAAUCUAAUGAACUUGAACAAUCUGAGCAGAGGUUAUUAUCAACUAGAGAGAAGCUUAGCAUUGCUGUUGCAAAAGGAAAAGGUUUGAUUGUUAACCGUGACAAUGUCAAGCAAUUGUUGGCCCAAACCUCCGCUGAACUGCAGAGGUGCUCAGAGGAACUGAGUUUGAAGGACACAAGGCUUCAGGAAGUAGAAGCAAAACUUAAGACCUAUACAGAGGCAGGUGAACGUGUGGAGGCAUUAGAAUCUGAGCUUUCUUACAUCCGAAACUCAGCUACUGCACUUCGAGAAUCGUUUCUUCUCAAAGACUCUCUGCUUCACAGAAUUGAAGAAAUUUUGGAAGAUUUGGAUCUCCCAGAGCAGUUUCAUACUCGAGAUAUACUCGACAAGGUGGAGUGGUUAGCAAGAUCAGCUAACGGCAAUUCUUUACGUCCCUCUGAUUGGGACCAGAAGAGUUCUGAUGGAGGUGCAGGAUAUGUUCCCUCUGAAACCUGGAGGGAGGAAGGUCAAACUGGCACAAGUUCUGAGGAUGACUUAAGGAUCAAGUUCGAUGAACUCCAGGGGAAGUUUUAUGGGUUGGCUGAACAGAAUGAAAUGCUGGAGCAGUCCUUGAUGCACAGGAAUAACUUGGUUCAGAGAUGGGAAGCACUCCUAGGAAAUAUUGAUAUGCCUCCACAGCUAAAGUCCAUGGAAGUGGAAAACAAGAUUGAGUGGGUUGCGAGUACAAUAUCAGAGGCUAGACAUGACAAAGAUACUCUCCAACGGAAGAUUGAUAACCUUGAAGUCUAUUGUCAAUCACUAAGUACUGAUUUGGAAGUCUCACAAAAGCAAGUAUGUGAUGUCGAGGCAAAUCUUCGAUCCGUUGAUAAUGAGAGGGUGAAUCUUUCUGAAAGACUGGAAACUCUGAAUGUGGAUCACGAUAAUCUUUCUGCAAGGGCCAUUCACCUUGAAGUUGAGAAUGAGAAACUGCAGAAUCAAGUUAAAGAUCUGCAUGGAGAAUUGGUUGAGAAACUUGGGAAUGAAGAACAAUUUCAGACUAUCAAAGGAGACCUUUUGAGUUUGAGAUACAUGAUUAAUGAUGUUAUAGAGGAAGAUGGCUUGCAGGAUUUGGCCUUGGCAAGUAAUUCUGAGAACUUGGAUGUACUUCUGAGAAAGCUGAUAGACUUUUAUAAGAACUUGGUUAAAUCUAGUUUACCACGUGAAGGAGAUGAUAGCUUCUGUGAAACUCGUCCAUCAAAUGCUGAUGCUAGAAGCGGAGAGUCAUUGGGUACACAUGAAGCAACUUCUCACGGGCACCAUCCUGAAAAUAUAGUCGAAGCAACAAGUAGAGACAUAACGGUAAUAGAGUCACCUGAUGUAGCUUCCCUAACAAAAGAUCUGGAUGAAGCACUGCGUGUUCAGAAGCUGGUAAGGGAAGAAAGGGAUUUGUACAUGGAAAAACAGCAAUCCUUGGUUGCUGAAAAUGCGGCACUUGAUAAGAAAAUAAUAGAGUUGCAGGAGUUCCUUAAACAAGAAGAGCAGAAGUCAGCUUCUGCAAGAGAGAAGUUAAACGUAGCUGUCAGGAAAGGGAAAGCUUUGGUCCAACAAAGGGAUAGCCUGAAGCAAACUAUUGAGGAGAUGAACGCUGAGCAUGGUCGCCUAAAAUCAGAGAUCAUCAACCGAGACGAAAUGCUCUUGGAAAAUGAAAAUAAAUUUAGGGAGUUGGAAUCUUACACUGUGAGGGUAGAAGCCCUGGAGUCUGAGUGCCAAUUGCUGAAAAAUCAUUUGCAAGAAACAGAAAAUAUUUUGCAGGAAAGAAGUGAUACGUUGAGCAUGACAUUGAAUGCGUUGAAUGGCAUUAAUAUUGGCGAUGAAGGUGACAGAUAUGACCCUCUUCUGAAGCUUCAACGGAUCUCGCAACUGUUUCAGAAUAUGAGUACUGCCGUGUCUUCUGCUGAGCAGGAAUCCAUAAAAUCUAGAAGAGCAGCUGAGUUGCUACUUGCUGAGUUGAACGAGGUUCAAGAAAGAAACGAUAGUAUGCAAGAGGAGCUAUCAAAACUUACAUAUGAAAUUGAGCAACUUUCCAGACAGAAGGAUACAGCCGAGGCUGCAAAAGUUGAAGCCAUAUCACGGUGUGAAAAUUUAUCAAGGGUCAACAAUGAAGAAAAGAAGAAGCUAUAUGCUCAAGUGAUGUCCUUUGGAACUAAUGUGAACACUCUGAGGAAAAUUCUCGCAGGUACCAACAUUUGCCUAGCUGAUAUUUUCACCAUGAAUAUGGAGUUUCUGCAUCAUCUGAAGGCAAAUAUGGAAUCAUGUGCGACGCAAACCGGUACUAAUUUGACUGGCUGGCCUCAAGUUAGUACUAUGAAGUUUGUAGAUAAGGAAAUUUUUUCACGCUUGAGUGCUGCCUUGUCCAACGUCAGCUUGCAUGAAAAUUCAAAUGGUAGAAACAUUAUGGAAAUUUGUGGUUCGCUCUCUCGAAACCUUGAUCAGUUUGUGGGUGAUGUUAGCCAUCUCGAAGAGAAUGUAAGCAAGCACUUGGCAUCAUGGCAAGAACAGGUCAACAUUGUAUCCAACAGUGUUGAUACCUUUUUCAAGUCAGUAGGAACAGGAACAGAUUCAGAAAUUGCUGCCUUGGGUGAAAAAGUUGCCUUGCUUCAUGGUGCAUGUUCUAGCGUGUUGGCGGAAAUUGAAAGCCGUAAGGCCGAACUGGUUGGAAAUGACAAUUUCAACAUGAGCCUCCAUCAAGUAGAAGAGGACUUUUCGUCCAUGGAGUCUGUUAGGUCCAUGGUAAGUAGGCUAUCAUCAGCUGUUAAAGAGCUUGUUGUAGCGAAUGCUGAGACUGUGGAGAGAAAUGAAAAGGAGAUGAAGGUAAUCAUAGCCAACUUGCAAAGGGAGUUGCAUGAAAAGGAUAUCCAAAAUGAUAGGAUGUGCAAUGAACUUGUUGGUCAAGUUAAGGAAGCCCAGGCCGGUGCUAAGAUAUUUGCAGAAGAUCUUCAGUCUGCAAGUGCCCGGAUGCGUGAUAUGCAAGACCAGCUGGGCAUUUUGGUGCGGGAACGGGAUUCUUUGAAGGAGAGAGUAAAAGAGCUGCAAGAAGAGCAGGCCUCACACUCAGAAUUACAGGAGAAUGUCACAUCGCUUAGCAAUCUACUAGCUGCAAAAGACCAAGAAAUUGAGGCAUUAAUGCAAGCGCUUGACGAGGAAGAGUCUCAGAUGGAGGAUUUGAAACACAGGGUUACAGAAUUAGAACAGGAAGUGCAACAGAAGAACCUAGAUUUGCAGAAAGCUGAAGCUUCUCGUGGGAAGAUUUCCAAAAAGCUAUCAAUUACUGUGGAUAAAUUCGACGAGCUCCAUCAACUCUCUGAAAAUCUACUUGCUGAAAUCGAGAAACUUCAACAACAAGUGCAAGAUCGGGAUACCGAGGUUUCUUUCUUAAGACAAGAAGUCACUAGGUGCACAAACGAGGCUCUUGUUGCUUCUCAGAAGGAAACUAAGAGAGAUUCCGAAGAGAUCCAAGUUGUACUGUCUUGGUUCGACACAAUGGCUUCACUACUUGGUCUAGAAGAUUCACCUUCCACUGAUGCUCGCAGUCACCUAAACCUCUACAUGGAGCCACUUGAGAAAAGGAUUGCAUCUAUACUAUCUGAAACAGAAGAGUUACGGCUGGUCGGACAAAGCAAGGAUUCGCUGCUUGAAGCUGAGAGGAGUAGAGUGGCUGAGCUCAGACAGAGAGAAGCAACUCUUGAGAAAAUAUUACAUGACAAGGAAUCCCAACCAAGAAGCUCGACUUCGGAGAUCGUUGAAGUGGAACCUCUGAUAAAUAAGCGGACGACGAGUGGAGCAUCGAUCCCAUCUCAAGUCCGGAGUUUGCGUAAGGGAAACAACGAUCAAGUAGCCAUUAGUAUAGAUGCUGAUCAACCUGAUCAAAGCCUGAGCUUAGAAGACGACGAUGACAAAGCUCAUGGAUUUAGAUCACUCACCACGUCAAGAAUCAUUCCGAGAUUUACAAGACCAGUGACAAACAUGAUCGAUGGUUUAUGGGUCUCGUGUGACCGGACGCUUAUGAGACAACCUGCAUUACGGUUAGGCAUAAUGAUAUACUGGGCGAUACUGCAUGCUCUUUUGGCUAGUUUCGUAGUCUAACGAAAAUUUUUAAUCUCUUAGUUUCUCGCUAUGGAAUGGGCUCAAAGUGGUGUGCUGUUUUCACCUAUAUGCUUUGUUUUCUAUACAUUGUUUUGCUUUUUAUUAAGCAAGCAAACCGUGGUUUCGCCAUUUUUAUUGAUCAGAAUCACAAACUGCUUGACUUUACAUCCGAAUAAGAAAAAAAGUUUUAUUAUGUAUUAGAUGUUGAAAUAUAUUAGACCAUGACUAUAUAAUAUAAGUGACUGUUCAAUUU